AUGAUGCCUGCUCAUGGGGUCACCUUCUCUCUCUUAUUCCUGCUCUUUUUGGCUACUGUUCUCACUACCACUGAAGCAAGCUUAACCCAUGCAAAUGGGUCUGCGGCGGUGGCGGCAGCUGCCACGGAUAAAAAAGACAAGGUGGAGCCGCUGGUGCCACUCGUAGGAGCUGAAAAUUUCAAGACUUUGGUGAUGAAUGAGACCAGAAGGAGGCUGCGGAGCUUUCAGAUUUGUGCAUUGUGUACUUGCUGCGGAGGUGCCAAAGGACUUUGCUUGCCGUCUCCUUGUUGCUAUGCCAUCAAUUGCAACAUUCCCAACAGGCCCUUUGGCUUCUGUUCGUUCACUCCCAAGACCUUGGCUACAUUUCCUGUUUCCAGCCAAAACAAAAGGGAGGAUAUGGCUAUGGCUAAUAGUGCUUGA